AUGAAUGAUUGUGCGGAUCGAGAUGCUCCCUCUUCUUCUCGGCGCAGGGUUCGGCUACCUUCCGAUGAUUCUGAUUCGGAUUAUCGACCGUUGGCUCAGAGACUUCGUCGCCGAGCCCCUCAUCCUGUGCCAGACUUGGGCCCUUCCGUUAUCCCUUCUCCUUCACCUCCUGUUGCAACCGCCUCUCCUCCUUCACCUCCUAUCGCGACCCCGACUCCCGUCCCGAGCCAGACAGAUGCUCCCCCUGCUCCGCCCGAAGCUCAGGUCGAGCCUCCACUAGCUCAACCUUCCACUUCGCCACAACAUCAAAGCACUGAGGCCGGCCCCUCGCAUCGCCCUUCCCCAGUUACCUUGCCGCCAGAGCCAUCUCCUGUGCUUCCCUCACCUCCUUUUGGGUCAGCUGUUGGGCCUUCUGGCUCCACUGCUGGGCCUUCCCAACCGCCACCACUUGUUCCUCUUUAUUAUCUUACCACUGCUCCUUCUGAGGCUGGGCUACAAUCACGGUGCGAUGUUCCCACCAGCUCCUUGACCAUGAAAGAUCGCUUGGCCACUUUGUGGGAUGAAAGUAUGCAUCAGAUGGAACUUUUGCCGCCCCUUGCCCAGAUGGAUAGAUUCUCUGAGCUAUAUAUCAAGUCCUUCCAUGCUGUUCAUCGUCAAAAUAAGAUGCUGCGGAACAAGGUAACUGAACUAGAACUUCAGUUAAAUAACCCGGCGCAGGCUAGUCACACCCUGAGAGCUGAAGUAAAGGAUCUAACCAAAAGGAAGAAUAGUCUGAAAGUAUCCUUGGCGAUAUCUAACCAAGAGCUUAAGGGCCUGAAGGAAGAAAAAAGCCAGGUCGAGGUCGUGCACCAGCAACGCAUGGAUCAACAAACUUUGGAGCAUCAACGAGCUAUUGAUCAAUUGACCCAGAAGUUGCGUGCUGCCGAACCUUUAGCGCAGGAGCAAGACAAGAAACUAAAAUCCCAAGCGACCCAAUUAACCUCUCAAGUAGCAGAACUGUUGGCCACCCGAACCGAACUAGCUUAG